AUGGCUGAGCUGGAUCAGAAAAUGGAAGUAUUCAAGAGAAACAUGAAACAACGGCUAAUUGAUAUGCCAACUUCGUUUGAAGACCAAAGCAAACUGAUAAAAUAUUUGAAGGUGCUGGAACCAAACUCGGAUCCUGCAUGGGAUUGCAUUACGGCAUAUCAUUGCUGGCUGGAAGAUCUUCUUUGGCAAACACAAGCAAAACAUCUCAAACUAGUGCUGGAGCUGAAUACGCAUAAUUUGCAUGAUUUUGUGCAGGAAGUAGUGGACCUCGUCACUGAUAAACUGCAAACAUUCUGGAAGCUUUCACAAAUUUAUUCAUCCUCUGCGACAAAUCUAACAUCGUUGGAUCGAGAGAACGAUAUUAAUGUUAGAACUAUGAUGGUUGUUAUACUUUAA